AUGGCCCUCCCAGCAGACCGCGCCGUGCGUCCGGUCUUGUCCAAGCUCUGCUCGCAAUGUUCGUCUUUCACAGCUAGACAGAGCAGGCAAAGUGCUGCAUUUUUGCAGUCAGCCCAGCAGCGUUCCGUCAGCUCCAUCCGCGGGGCACAAAGCUCUUCCUCGUCCUCGAGGCAAGCCGGUGGCAUCACCACAACCGUCUCGCGCCCGACCCAGACUUCGAUCACGAACAAGCUCCCUUCGGUUGUUUCCCAGUCCAGAUCCAAGGCCAGCAGCUCGACAUCGUUCGCCACCAACGAGGAUCUGGCCAGUGUUGGCAUCCCUUCGAAGCCGAUUCUCGAGCAGGACAACCUCUUCCACUCUUUCACCAACUCGCCCAUUCCCAAGAUCCGCCAGCGCGCGGCCUUCAUAAAAGAGCACGCCAGCUGCCCUCACCACAGCCACCGCCCAGGACAGUUCUCUGAGACCAGCCGCCAAGUCGAUUCCGAGUCUGGCUCCCAGCCCCCGAAGCAUGUUGAUUUCGAGUGCCCCGACUGUGGCAUCCCGGUAUACUGCAGCGAGCAGCAUUGGAUGGACGACUACGAGAAGCAUCUUGAGAUCUGCGACACUCUGCGACAGAUCAACGAAGAUGACCAUGACCUCCAUUCUGGCCGCCACUUCUACGAGUUCAACUACGCCGGCCCGCAAAUGGAUGAUGCCAUGGUCAACAUGACCAACUGGGACACCUUUAUGUAUACCCGUCAGUUCGAAGCUGUCAAUGAUGACCGGUGCAUGAGACAGGCGACUAAGCUGUUGACCUACCCUCUCACGAUCGGCAGCAUUCUUCACGAGCUGAGCCCGUACCACAUCCGGAAUCGUCUCACCGUGGAGGGUUUGAAGAGUUUGACGGCUCUUCGCUAUACCCUGCAUCCCCCCAAGACUGGAGGCAACGAAUCCAUCAAGGGACUCCGGCCAGAGGCUCCUCCCGUGCGCCUGUUCAUCCUCGGUGCUCGUGCUGAGUCGUCGCUGCCCAGAGAUGCGUGGGUGCAGCUGGCCCACCUUUUCCCCCGGUCAAGAUUCCAUCUGAUCUUCAUCGGACCGGAGAGCAUGAUGAACCGCGAUGACGAGUUCCCCCUCCCGCCCCGUACUCCCUCGAACCCCUACGGCGCGGUUGUGGAGGACCGCGUGUGGCCUACCAUGAAGAUCAGCACCAUUGUGGACUAUUACCAUACCAUCCACAAGACGGGCUAUUUCGCUCCUCACGAUCCUUACUUUGACGCCUUCGUGCUCUUCCACCCUGGAUUGGGCCACCCGGCGAGCUCCCACGAGUGGGAGGAGACGCUGCCUAUGCUUCUCGAGACCAAGGCUCCUAUCAUUGCUACGGGCUACACGCAGGCUGACAUGGAGCGUGAUGUUGAGUGGGUCAACAAGAAGGCCAAGGGUGAAUUCGACAUUCUUAUGGAGCCUGGCGAGAACAUCUUCCGCAGUCUCCGGUGGGAUCUGAACGAUCUCGACCCUCAGGACAUCAGUGCCGGUAACUGGGGCGUGUGGGCUUUCCGCGGAAAGAGAUACGAGGCCACCGUCAAGGACGACGGCGUCAUUGCUGUAUAA